AUGGUUUCGAUUCUCCUCUCGCUGGAGCAUGUGGGCGCGGCGUAUGGUGCCACGGCGUUUAUUUUUGUCUUCCAGUUGUUCUAUGGCGUCGACUGGUUGCCUGUGCCGUGGUUCUAUCCGGCGGAGAUCAAUACCACGCGGGUGCGCACGAAGAUGCAGGCGAUUGCGUCCGGGUGGAACUGGAUGGCUGUUUUUGCGGUGGUGAAGAUUACGCCGAUUGCGUUUGCGAACAUUGGAUGGAAAACAUUCAUUAUCUUUGCGGUGCUGAAUGCUGCCUUCAUCCCCAUCGUCUACUGCUUCUAUCCCGAAACUAAGGGGCUGGAACUGGAGGAUAUCCCGCUACUCUUUGCCAAGGGGGAGUUACAGGGGGUGUCUUGA